AUGGCGUCUUCACUCAUCAGGACCCUCUCUCGUACCUUAAGAACCGUAACCGCCUCCCGGUUUAUGAGCAACGUACCGGAAAACACAGUUUACGGAGGCCCCAAACCGCAAAACCCGAACCAGAGAGUGACUCUGACUCAGCUAAAACAGAAACAUCGCAAAGGCGAGGCCAUAACCGUCGUCACCGCUUACGACUACCCUUCUGCGGUUCACGUCGACACAGCAGGAAUCGAUGUUUGUCUCGUCGGAGACUCAGCUUCAAUGGUUGUCCAUGGCCACGACACCACUCUUCCCAUCUCCUUAGAUGAGAUGCUUGUUCACUGUCGUGCCGUUGCUCGAGGAGCCAAAAGACCACUUCUUGUCGGUGAUUUGCCGUUUGGUAGUUACGAGUCCAACACCGUUCAGGGGGUUGAUAGUGCGGUUAGAGUGUUGAAAGAAGGAGGCAUGGAUGCUAUUAAGCUUGAAGGAGGGUCAACUUCAAGGAUCACAGCUGCAAGAUCCAUUGUGGAAGCAGGGAUUGCGGUUAUGGGACAUGUUGGCUUGACUCCUCAAGCUAUUAGUGUUCUUGGUGGUUUCAGACCACAAGGGAGGAACAUAGCUAGUGCUGUUAAGGUUGUGGAAACUGCAAUGGCUUUGCAAGAAGCUGGAUGUUUUGCGGUUGUGUUAGAAUGUGUUCCACCUCCUGUGGCUGCGGCUGCUACCUCUGCUCUUCAUAUUCCAACCAUUGGCAUAGGAGCUGGCCCUUUCUGCAGUGGACAGGUUUUAGUCUACCAUGAUCUUCUAGGAAUGAUGCAACAUCCACAUCAUGCUAAGGUUACUCCAAAGUUUUGCAAGCAGUACGCUCAAGUAGGAGAAGUGAUCAACAAAGCACUCUUGGAAUAUAAGGAAGAAGUAUCCAAACACUCGUUUCCAGGUCCUUCUCACAGCCCUUACAAGAUCUCCUCUGACGACCUGGAUGGAUUCUUAAGCGAGUUACAGAAACUGGGGUUAGAUGAGGCUGCUUCUGCUGCAGCAGCAUCAGCUGAGAAGAUAGAGUCCUCAGCUUCAAUCUCUUAUCAGUGACAAAAGAUGUAGAAAAUCUCUUCAUUUUGAGUAGACAGACAUGGUUGAAGAAUUAAUAGUCCUAUAAUAAGGUUUGAUAGGAGUUUUUCCGGAUAGAAUUUGAUGUGAUCCAUAAGAGUUAUUUCAGAGUUUUUCAGUUCAG